GCUGGGGAACAUCAACAGAUCUUUGGACGAGUUUCUCCGCGGGUGAAAUCCGAACAGAAAAUCAACUUGAAUUAUCUGAUCACAAUUUUGAAGGGGACAACAUUCGGUACGCCAAAAUGGGGAUUUUUAUACCCAUUAUCAGCAUAUUGUGUGGAGCUGUUGCCUUUUGCAAAGGUUUGGAAAUACCGUACGCCGGUCAAAAUGGAAUGAAUGAAUUAAAAAAAAGUGGAAUAGCAGACCCUGCAAAUAUUGGUCAGACGAUCGGAAAUCCACUCCCUUCAGCUUUCUUUGAGGAGCAAAUCACUGGAGGAAGACAUCCAAAUGACGACAAGAGAUACACUAUUGAACAACUUAACCUAGCAGCGAGACAUCGCAAUGUAUACUACGAUACCGUUGGGGGAGACCCAUAUGGUCACAGUAGUCCAGUGCUGUCUCGCUCACAUAUUGCUGUCACUCACAAGAAAAAGAGAUCAAUUAUGCAGCCCGAAUCAGCUCAAACGUUUGGAGGAAGUCAGCUUCCUUCAGCUUUCUUUGAAGAACAAAUCACUGGAGGAAGGCACCCAGCUGAUGACAAAAGAUACACCAUUGAACAACUGAAUCAAGCCGCCAGACAUCGCAACGUAUAUUUCGACACUGUUGGAGGAGAUCCAUAUGGUCACAGCAGCCCUGUUCUGACUCGUUCACAUAUUGCCGUUAAUCACAAAAAGAUAAGAUCUGUUUCACAAGGAGAAUUAUCACUAGCUGCCGGAGCUAUCAGUCAAUAUUAUCCAGCAGUACAAUCUAGUCCUUCAAACGUGCAAGAGACCGUGAAAAGAGAUGGCAUUGCUAGGUUAAACUAUGCCGCAAGACACCGAAAUGUUUAUUUUGAUUCUGUUGGUGGAGAUCCUUACGGCGGAAGUAGCACGGUACUCACCCGGCAACACAUUUUGGUCAAUCACAGCAAGAGAUCAGCAGAAGAGAAGGACACAAAAACAGGGGAAACAUUAAAGAAGAAGCUACGAAUCCUUUGAUAUGGAUGACAUUGAUAAUCGUGGUUACAUAAAAUGAUUUCUGAACUAUGUAUACAUGUAUAUAUCAAAUUUCUGACAAAGGGAGAUGGAAUAAACAACUUUAUUUUGUUAUUUAUGGAGAGUGGUGCAAAAGUAUUAUCCAGAAGCAAAAGGGAAUAAUACAGUUAACAGGGGUUUGCUAGGUCCUAAACGAGAUUCUAGUGCUCUCAUAAUUAAGCAUUAUGUAUUCGUCAGAAAGAGGAAUUAAUGUUUAUGCAUGGUACGUGA